GGGAAAAAAAAAAGAACAGUAGUCAAGAAAGACUCUGUGAGAGUCUCACAACCACAACCACAACCAAAGAAAGGAAGAGAAAACAUUGGAAUUGAGAGAGUGAGCAGCAAUGAUGAACUUAUUCAGAUUAUUGGGGGACAUGACCCAUCUCCUUUGCAUUGUGUUCCUCCUUCUCAAGAUUCGCACCAUGAAAUCCUGUGCUGGAAUUUCGCUUAAGACUCAAGAACUGUAUGUCAUAGUGUUUCUCACUCGGUACCUAGACUUGUUCACAAUGUAUAACUCUCUCUAUCAAAUUGCGAUGAAGCUAGUCUUUGUUGGAACUUCUAUUGGUAUUGUUUGGUAUAUGAGGUACCACAAAGUAGUGAAGCAAACAUACAGCAAGGAUGAAGAUACCUUUAGACAUUACUUUCUUAUACUCCCAUGCUUUGUGCUGGCUCUUUUCGUCCACCGUGAUUUUACUGUAGUUGAGGUUCUGUGGUCAUUUUCGCUAUACCUUGAAGCUGUAGCAAUCUUACCGCAAUUGGUAUUACUACAAAGGUCAAGGAACAUUGACACCUUAACGGGGGACUACGUAUUUCUUCUUGGCGUUUACCGAGUUUUAUAUCUCCUCAAUUGGGUUUACCGCUUCUUUAUGGAGAUUCACCAAAUACGCUGGAUACCUUGGGUUUCGGGCUUGAUUCAGACAGCUCUUUAUGCUGACUUUUUCUACUACUAUAUCAAGAGCUGGAAGAACCGUGAGAAGCUUAAGCUUCCUGCUUGAAGUUGAUCUUUCUUGCUUGACCUAUUGAGAGAAUUUUACUGACAGAAGAAUAAAGUUACCUCAGGGUGUUAACUCACAGGCUUUCAUUUCUUUCUUUUUUUGCUUUUUGAUGAAUAUUUUCUUGUUUUUGGACAGCUUUUAUAUUCGCUACAAAAAUGUUCUUUGAAGUUUGAACUAGAGAAAAAUGACAAGAAUCACCAUAGUUGAAUUCCUGUCCUGGUUACACCAAUGAUAAUAAUAAUAAUAAAACUGUACUAGUUAAUGGA